AUGGCGACAACCAAUGGAACCAACGGCAAUAUGCCGGUGAAGACUCGUGAGGAGAGUAACCAUCACAUGGAGUCGUCUAUCUGGAAUGAUGUCAAGUUCAGACCAGAUGAUAUCAUCAUCACUACCUACGCCAAGUCAGGCACAACUUGGGUUCAACAGAUCGUCUCACAACUGAUCCACCAAGGUGACCCAACCGUCCCCGCAGGCGCUCUCUCACCAUGGGUUGAUCUGCGAAUUGUCCCCAAGGAAGCAAUGCUAGGCCUAAUCGAGUCCCAAACGCAUCGUCGCUUCCUCAAGACACAUCUCCCUCUUGACGCUCUUGUCUGGAACCCUCAAGUGAAGUAUAUCUUCAUUGCACGCGAUGGACGUGAUAUGGUUUGGAGCAUCCAUAAUCAUAUGUAUCGCGCUACAGACACUUUCUACAGCUUUUUCGAGAACACGGGUUAUGAGGGCCAACUUCCUAAACGACCGAGUGAGAACCCCAAAGACAUUUUCGAUCAGCUUGUGAAGGAUGAUAUGCCAAGUUCCCUUGGUUGGCCUUUCUGGAGUCAUAUUCGUGGAUGGUGGGAGCAUCGGGACCAACCGAAUCUCCUUCUUGUUCACUUCAACGAUCUCAAGGAUGAUCUCGAAGGAGGGAUUAAGCGGAUCGCGAAGUUUCUUGAGAUUCCGGAUAUGCCGGAGGAUAAGUUCAAAGAUGUCGUUGAGCAUUCUACGUUUGAUUGGAUGAAAGAGCAUGCGCAUCUUUCGGCGCCGCCUCAGGCUGAGGUUGCCUGGGAGAACGGCGCGAAGGACUUUGUGUACAAGGGAACGAACUCGAGAUGGAAGGAUGUACUGUCUGAGGAAGAUUGUAAGGCGUAUGACGAGAGAGCCAAGAAGGAGCUUGGUGAGGAAUGUGCAAACUGGCUGCAGCAUGGAGGUUGGCUGAAGUGA